UCUUAUAUAUUAUACUGUUAAUGUCUAACCCUAAGCAUAUUGAUCUUUAUUCUCAAAAAUAUUUUUUGGCUUGUACCAUUGGCGGUAUUCUUGCUUGUGGUCCGACACAUUCUUUGGUAACGCCUUUAGAUUUAGUUAAGUGUCGCUCGCAGGUAAAACCAGGAAUAUAUAAAAAUGUGUUUGAUGGUUGGAAAAACAUUACAAAAACCGAAGGCUUUCGUGGCAUUUUUACAGGAAUUGGGCCUACAGCCAUUGGCUAUUCCUUACAAGGUGCAAGUAAAUAUGGUUUCUACGAAUUUUUUAAAUACAAGUAUUCUCAAGUAAUUGGUGAAGACAACGCACAUAAAUAUCGUACAAUUGUAUAUCUUACAGCCUCUGCCUCUGCUGAAUUCAUUGCUGAUAUUUUUCUUUGUCCAAUGGAAGCAUUAAAAAUCAGAAUGCAAACUACAAUACCUCCCUAUGCUACGACAACUGCUGAAGGGCUUAAAAAGAUUAUGGCUUCAGAAGGUAUCUAUGGGUUCUAUAAAGGCCUUGUUCCCCUUUGGUCUCGGCAAGUGCCUUACACAAUGGUCAAGUUUGCUUCUUUUGAAAAAACUGUUGAAGUGCUUUACAAAACAUUUUUAUCUAAGCCUAAAUCAGAAUAUAACAAGCUUCAACAAUUAGGUGUUAGUUUUGCUGGUGGUUACAUUGCUGGUGUUUUCUGUGCUGUUGUCUCCCAUCCUGCUGAUGUGUUAGUUUCUAAAUUAAAUAAUCAACCAAAGGCUGCCCCUGGUGAAAGGCAGGCUAAUGCUAUGGAUAUGUUCAAAAAGUUAGGUAUGCGAGGACUAUGGACUGGUCUUGGCCCUCGUAUUUUUAUGAUUGGUACCUUGACUGCACUUCAAUGGGGAGUUUAUGAUACUUUUAAGGUUAUGGUCGGUUUACCUACAAGUGGUUAACAUUAAUCAAUUAAUAAAAAAAAAAAAAAAA